AUGAUCACUUCCUCUUUUCAAACCUCCGUGGCAGUUUUGGCCCUAAUUAUUCUGCAUGUCAGUGCUUUGGAUACUUUCAAAGCUGCAGUAUAUGAACAUGCAGUCAUAUUGCCAAAUCACACAGAAACACGUGUUUCUCAGGAUGAUGCCUUGUUCCUCAUGAACAAGAAUAUAGAUAUUCUGGAGAGAGCAAUUAAGCAGGCUGCUGAACAGGGUGCUCAGAUCAUUGUGACUCCAGAAGAUGCAAUUUACGGAUGCAUAUUUACCAGGGAAGCCAUUUUCCCUUAUCUGGAGGAUAUUCCAGAUCCUCUGGUGAAUUGGAUUCCAUGUCAAGACCCACACAGAUUUGGUCAUACACCAGUACAAGCAAGACUCAGCUGCCUGGCCAAGAACAACUCUAUCUAUGUCUUGGCAAAUAUUGGGGACAAAAAGCCAUGUAAUUCCUGUGACUCCACGUGUCCUCCUAAUGGCCAUUAUCAAUACAACACCAACGUGGUGUAUGAUGCAAAGGGAAAGCUGGUGGCACGUUACCAUAAGGUAUGCACAAUGGUGAGAUGUAAAUCUACGAAUCUGACAACUUGUGGACAGCCAGUAGACACUGCUCUGACAAGAUUUGAAAUGUUCUCCCUAAGUGGCACAUUUAGAACGGAGUAUGUUUUCCCUGAAGUGCUACUUACUAAAAUCAAUCUGGCACCUGGAAAAUUUGAGGUACUAAAAGAUGGGCGUUUGGUAAACAAGAAUGGAUCAUCUGAGCCUAUCCUAACAGUGUCACUGUUUGGGAGAUGGUACACUGAAGACAUACGUUCCAUCUCAGGCAGGACCAGCAACUCAGCGACAACUUACCUGAUAGUAUCCACAUUAUUAAUGAUCAUAGCUUUGCAAAAUAUUGUGAUGGUGUAG